AUGGAGUUCAAUAAGCUUUGCGUUCGGAUUGUUGGAAGAGAAAAUAUUCCACUGCAUAAUCAAUUCAUUCGGUCAAUUCUGAAAAAUGCCUGUAGUGCAGAAGUCCCACCGUCGACUCAUGAGAAGGAAGUUCUGAAGUCAGUUAAAGCUGUUGGAAAUAAAGAGCUUACAAGGGAUGGGCACAAGCAAAGUGUGUCAAAUCCGUCAUUUUUGUCAAAUGGUGAUAUUCUGCAGUUGUCACCGCGAAAGGUCAGGACUGGAACUCGUGAUCGAAAGCCUUUGGAUCGUCCUAGUUCUUUUGCACCAAAUGGAAAGACAAACUUUGUUUCUCAACAAUCAUCAACUGAACAUGAUGGUAAUUCAACUGUUGUUUUGGAAAAUGGGGUUUCGACUCCACAUGAUAUUCGAAGGCCGGUGCAGCAUCAUCAAGGACCCAUGGAACGAGCAGAAAAUGAAGGGGAGGUUUCCCAUUAUCACUCUGAUAAUUUACCCACAAUAAAGGGCUUGCCAGAUGGUUCAGUCUCUGCGCAUAGCAAAGACCUGGCUGAAGAAUUAUCUUUUGAAGAUAGAAAAGGGGGUUAUGCGAGGAGUCUACUCCGUGCACCACUUGGUGUUCCAUCUUGCCCAGCUAGUGUAGGUGGAGCCUACAGAAUGAUGCCUUUGGCAAGUAGUAGUACUUGUGCUAGCUCAUUCAACAUUGGUGGUUUGUUGGACAGCACAGCAUUGAGGGAACGUAUGGAGCAGAUUGCUGCAACACAGGGUCUUGAAGGUGUGACUAUGGACUGUGCCAAUUUGUUGAACAACGGGUUGGAUGCUUACUUGAAGGUUUUAAUCGGGUCGUGCGUUGAACUAGUGGGGGCAAGGUCAGGGCAUGAACCAACAAAGAGCAGUAUGAACAAGCACCAAACUCAUUUGAAGCUUGUUAAUGGUGUCAGACCGGGUCAUCAUCUUCAUCCUAUGCAAAGUAGCAAUAGGCCUAUGGAAGGUGUACAAGAAAGGAAAUCCGAAUGUCCAUUGUCUUUACUCGAUUUCAGGGUUGCUAUGGAGCUGAACCCACAACAGCUUGGUGAAGAUUGGCCGUUACAGCUGGAGAAAAUAUGUACACGUGCAUUUGACGAAUAA